UUUUCAUUUUUCUGUUUUGUUUUGCACAUUUCGUUGGUAUCUUCAUUAUCAAACACAGCAUUAGGUAUUUACAAAAAGUUGAGUGCGUUGAAACAGGCUGAUUUUCUUGACAAAAUGUUGUGGGCAGAUAAAUAUCGGCCCAAAGAUUUGGCCAAUUUAGAUUACCACAAGGAUCAAGCAGUAAAUUUGAAAAACCUUGUGAAAGACGGAGAUUUUCCACAUUUACUAGUCUAUGGCCCUUUAGGCGCUGGCAAAAAAACACGUAUAAUGUGUUUACUGAGAGAACUGUAUGGAGCAGGAGCUGAAAGACUCAAAAUGGAGAUGAUGUCUUUCACAACACCAUCCAACAAGAAACUAGAAAUUAUGACAGUGAGCAGUAACUACCACAUUGAAGUGAACCCAAGCGACGUUGGGAUUUAUGAUAGAGUAGUAGUUAUGGAUAUUAUAAAAAAUGUGGCACAGAGUCAACAGUUGAAUUCAAAUGCUCAAAGAGAGUUCAAAGUUAUAGUUUUAACAGAUGUGGAUGACUUGACAAAAGAUGCUCAGCAUGCUUUGAGAAGAACUAUGGAGAAGUACAUAGCAAACUGCCGUAUUAUACUUUGUGCUACUUCUAUAUCAAGAGUAAUACCUGCUAUCAGGUCACGUUGCCUAUGUAUAAGAGUUCCUGCCCCAUCUGAAGAAACUAUCAUUAAUAUACUGCACUACACUUGUGAAAAAGAGAGUCUGAAGUUACCUAGGGGACUUGCUGAAAGAAUUGUCCAAGUUUCAAACCGUAAUUUGAGGAGAGCUUUGCUUAUUUGUGAGGCUUGUAAGGUAGAACAGUAUCCUUUCAAGGAGGAUCAAAAUGUAGCUGAGCCAGACUGGCAAAUUUUCAUCAAAAAAACUGCUGCAAGAAUGUUACAGAAUCAGAAUAUGGAUACUCUCUCCAAAGUUCGUGAAAAUCUAUAUGAAUUGCUCACAAAUGGUAUUCCCUCAGAUAUAAUUUUCAAGACUCUUCUGGAAGAGCUACUCAAGAAUUGUGAUAUGGGAAUAAAGUCAAAAAUUGUGGAAGAAGCUGCUAUCCAUGAGCACAGGAUGGCACAAGGAAAUAAAUCUAUUUUUCAUUUAGAAUCAUUUGUUGCCAAGUUCAUGUAUAUUUAUCAGGAGAUGAUGCAGGAAAUGUUGGGAGAUUUUUGAGAUGAUUGUUUUGUAUGUACCUACCAGUGUUUAUUUUUAUUGUCUG